AAGUUGCGUCUUCCCUCAAACGGAGCGCCGAAGCCGCGUCUUUCCUCAAACUGAACGCUGAAGCCGCUCCCUUUCACUGCGACUCGGACGAACAGGCGCAGCAGAUAAAACAGGAGAGAAAGAGAGAGAGAGAGCCUCGGCCAAAUGGGAAACCUCCCCGUCUAGAAAGGAGUAGGUGGCUUAGUCCACAACAUGGCGGCCACCAUGAAGAAAGCGGCAGCAGAAGACGUUAAUGUUACUUUUGAAGAUCAGCAGAAAAUCAACAAGUUUGCUAGAAACACCAGUAGAAUUACAGAACUUAAAGAAGAAAUAGAUGAUAAGAAGAAACAGCUCCAGAAUCUGCAAGAUGCCUGUGAUGACAUUCUGGUGCUUGACGAUGAUUCAUUAUUGAUACCAUAUCAAAUUGGAGAUGUCUUCAUUAGUCACCCCCAAGUUGAAACAGAAGAGAUGUUGGAGGAGGCAAAGAAAAACUUACAGGAAGAAAUAGGAACUUUGGAGGCACAAGUGGAAUCCAUCCAAAAAGUAUUAUCAGAUCUUAAAGUCCAGCUUUAUGCAAAGUUUGGCAACAAUAUAAAUCUCGAGGCAGACGAUAAUUAAAUAGGAAUAGAAAUAGCA